AUGGAUCCAUUUACUAUUCUAAAAAUGGCAUUUGAACAGCGUAAUCGUACCCUGAGUAAUUCCAAUGACGAUGAUGUUGAUAGUAUAGAUCGAAGAAAAGUUGCUCGUUAUCGCGAAAAAGUUAAUGUAGAAUAUGAUAAUCCUUGUUUGACGAGGACUGAUGAUUCACCUCUACUAAUGAUGGAAGAAAAUUCAUGUUCUGAAACCGGCCACGAGGAUGUGACCGAAGGAGAAGGGCGAAGAGAUUUCAAGCCUAACGAAAAUCAUUUAACAAUAAUGUUACAUCAAGAUGCUAUUCCUGUCUUAUCUACGAAACACACAUCAUUUUAUGUAAUAUCUGGUACACUGUUGGAGAUACCGCCACCAUUGCGUGACUACGCCAAAAAUAAAUUAUUAUUAUGUAUUGUACACUCAUGUAAAGAUCCAGAUCUCAAUAUGUUACUUGAAGAUUUGGUAAAAACAUUAGUAAGUUUAAAAACGAAUGGUUUAAUGGUUGAAUAUGAAGGUGAUGAGUAUCGAUUCAAUAUACGCCUACAAUUGAAUAAAGCCGAUUUGCCCUGUCGGACUAUUCCCGAAACAAGACGUGUUUAUUAUCCUUAUUCACCGAUCGAAGCUCCUCCCCGUACACAUGCUGGUUUCGUUGAAUGCGCACGUAUAGCUGAUCGACGUUUAUUAGAAACAAAACGGUUAUCAUCUGUUAAUGGUGUUAAAGGCACAAGUCCAUUAUUACGAUUAUACAGUAAUGUACAAGAGCAUGCUGUAUAUGAUUAUAUGCACCUUUGCUCAAUAUACGGACAAUAUAAUCAGUUAUUUUCAUUGCAUGCCGUAAAAUAUUUACCAAACCAAAUUGAUAACCAUUCAGCAUUGUUCGCUAGUGGCUGUUUUGCUGAUGAAUCGUUCCUUGGAUGCCUCAAAAAACUUCGAACUAGCACGCGUCGUAUUGCAUAUAAUAUUUUUUCACAAUACUUAAUGACGCAUUCCAUGGAUGAAGAAAAUAAUGAAGCGUUAUCAGUUGAAGAUAUUUUUGUAAAACAAAAAUUAGAUCAGUCGACACUGAUAAAUCGAGAAACACUUGCUAAAUUUACUCCUCAUUUUAAAAUGUCGUUUGAACAAAGAACUAAUAAAACAUUUUCAAAUUUACCGGUUUUUGCACGUUAUCGCCGUGGUCUAACGCAGUUCCAUUCAUUAAUCUAUCAACGCCUAAAAAUACGAAUAAGUUUUGUUGUAUCUAUCAAGAACGAUAAUUGCAUGUAUACAAAAAAAUGUUAUGCAAGUGUUAUUUUAUAUUUUGAAUACAAUAAUGUGAUGUAUGCGUUUGUAAAAAUGUUCCGUUGUGGGGAUGAAAACUUUAGGACAAAUAGAAAUGGUGUAAUGGGAGAUGAAGUUCAUGACUUUCUUGAUAAGUAUUACGAUCUGGUUGACCUCACUCAAUCAUCGUAUGAAAUUAUUAGUGUAAAUGAAAUAAAAAUGUGUAAUAAUGCUAUUCCAACAUAA